AUGUCGACGACUGAGUAUUCGAUUACCGUGCUGCCAGGUGACGGCAUCGGUCCUGAAGUAAUUGAACAGGCUGUCCGUGUACUGGAAUAUAUCUCUAACAAGUCUUCGACGUUCAAGCUGCAUAUUGAGUCGCACGAUUUUGGUGGUGCAGCUAUCGACUCAUCGGGCGAGCCAUUGCCGGAGAGCACGCGUGUGGCCUGCAAGAAGGCGGACGCCAUUCUACUUGGUGCUGUAGGUGGUCCCAAAUGGGGUGUCGGUAAGGUCCGCCCUGAGCAGGGACUAUUGGCGAUCCGAAAAGAGCUUGACUUGUAUGCCAAUGUGCGGCCUGCGCUAUUCCCAUCCGAAUCGCUCCUAGAACACUCCCCCCUGCGCCCUGAGGUAGCCAAGGGCACUGAAUUCAUUGUAAUUCGAGAGCUUGUCAAGGGUCUCUAUUAUGGCGAUCGCAAGGAGGCGGACCUUAGCGCGCCUGACGCCAAGGGUGAGGCAUAUGAUAUGAUGGUGUACGACAAGGCUGAUGUACAGCGUAUCACGCGUCUCGCCGCCUAUCUUGCAAUGCAGUCUUCACCACCCACUAAAAUUCAUUCCAUCGACAAAGCGAAUGUGCUUGCCACGAGUCGUUUGUGGCGUCAUGUCGUCACAGAAACGAUCGAAAAGGAGUUUCGUGACAAGGGUGUAGAAGUGGAUCAUCACCUUGUAGACUCGGCUGCUAUGGUGAUGGUAUCGAAUCCACGCAAGCUAAAUGGUAUUGUGCUGACGGAAAAUAUGUUUGGUGAUAUCCUCUCAGACGAAUCGUCGGUCAUUCCUGGAUCGCUCGGUCUACUGCCCAGUGCAUCGCUCUCGGAACUACCUACGGGCGAUAAGCCAUGCAAGGGACUGUACGAGCCGAUUCACGGCUCGGCCCCUGAUAUUGCGGGACAAGGCAUUGCCAACCCCGUUGGCACUAUCCUGUCAGCUGCAUUGCUUCUUCGAUGGUCCCUGGGCAAAGAGCAUGAAGCGACGGCCAUUGAACGGGCCGUGCGCAGGACGCUUGAUUCGCCAGAUAUUGGCGGAUUUGGCCUGCGUACGCGUGAUCUUGGUGGCCAAGCCUCGACGAAGGACGUGGGUGACAAGGUCCUAGCCGCUCUCGACGACUUCCUCCCGUAA